UGGAACUGUUGUCCAGUUGUGCACCUGACACCAUGGUUGACACUCGUAGUGGGAAGAGCACCAUGACCUAUAGUAAGGCUCAAGAAGAGCAAACCGCCGCCAUCCUGAGAGAGAGGAAAGAGAAGAAGGAGCUCCUUAGACAGGCAAAGAUGAAGAUGAUAGCAGAGGAGCAAGCGGCGAAGAAAAAGAAGUUGGAGGAGGAGAUGAAAAGGCUGCAGCAAGAAGAGGAGGAGAGAAUGAGGGCGGCGGUAGAGGAAGAGGUCGAAAAGGAGGAGCAGCCAGAAGAAGAGCCCCUCAGAAGAAGAAGAUUGGGGGAAGGAGAGAGCAGUGGUCCCAAGGAAGAUGACCCGUGGGUAGAAAAGAGGAUAUCUGAAUGGGUGGCUAAUUUAUCAUUGGGAGAAGAUGAGGAGGCAAUGUUAUACAUACCUGAGGAGGAGAAGGAAGCAGCAAUUAAGGAGAUCGAGGCGACGAGUGAUCCCUUAGAACGCUAGGCAAUAGAGAAUGAGAAGAGGUUGGACCGGAAGUUACGCCUGGGGAGGGAGAAGAAGAGGAGGACGGAGGAAGCCAACCGGAUG